GUGCUCUGUAUAAAUCAAAUUUAAAUAAAAUGUUACAGACUUCUUACUACAACAUUUUUACCAUUGAUACUUAAUGAAUUGUAGCUCUGGACUAGCAAGCAGUGUGGCAUAAUGGUUUGAGUGUUGGAUUAGGACACUUGGAGACAAUUCUAAUGUUUUCUAUGGCUCAGCCAUAGAAAACCACUAGGUGAUCUUGGACAAGUCACAUUUGCUCAGUCUCAGAGGAAGGCGAGGGCAAACUCCUGAACAAAUUCUGUCAAGAAAACUCCAAGAUAGGCUUGUCUUAGGAUCGCCAUAAGUCACAAAUGACUUGAAGACACACAGUAUUAGCAAUCUCUUGGGCUAAAUGCAAUACUGGAAACCCUGAUACCUCCACCCUGACACCCCCCCCCCCCCUGCAACCCCCAAGCACUCCAAAAGCAUGCUCUGAAAACCCAUCUGGAAAUGUUUAUUUUGGGUAGCUUUAUGAUCAGUAACAGAAAAGGCUACCAACAGUGUUGCGUUGAAUAUAGAAUUAUAGAAUUAAAAGAGACCACAGGGGCCAUCCAGUCCAACACCCUGAGUUUAUGAUUUAGAUUCUUGUGUUUAUGCUAAUAUCCUUUGUUUCUUUUGCAGACCCACCUCCCUGUGUCUUUCCAUUUAUUUAUAAGCAGAAAUCCUAUUCUUCUUGUACCACUGAUGGAACUGAAAAAGGGAAGCUGUGGUGUGCCACAACUGCUAACUAUGAUCAGUCUCCUCAAUGGAAGUAUUGUUCCUUGAAAGAGUAUGGUGGCAAUUCUGGUGGGAAAGCGUGUGUCUUCCCCUUCACGUACAACAGACGGACAUUUUACACCUGUACCAAUGAAGGCAUACAGAAAGGGUUGUUCUGGUGUGCAACAACCGGCAGUUAUGAUAAAGACAAGCAAUGGAGCUACUGCGCUGAUUCCAGAAUAGCUGCACGUUCUCAGGGACCAUGCACCUUUCCUUUCAUUUACAAGGGAAAGUCCUACUCAUCUUGUACAACUGCUGGGACAUCCGCUGGGAAGCUCUGGUGCUCUCUCACCAGCAACUAUGAUGCAGAUCCCAGGUGGACAUACUGUAGUCCCUCAGAACCACAUCCCUGCACAUUCCCCUUUAUUUUCAAUGGGAAAUCCUACUCUGCAUGCACCAAGGAAGGGUCUGAUGAUGGCCAACUAUGGUGUGCCACCACUGUUAACUAUGGCAGAGACAGUAAAUGGAAAGUAUGUUCCCUACAAGAGUAUGAAGGGAGCUCAAAAGGCCAGACUUGUGUCUUUCCUUUCAUCUAUCAAGGGAAAACCUUCAAUACCUGCACUAAUGAAAAUAGUUCUCAUGGAAGAUUUUGGUGUAGCACAACAGGCAACUAUGACAAGGACAAGAUGUGGAGCUACUGUGCUGAUGCAAGGCUAGGUCCAAAUCAACCAUGCAUCUUCCCUUUUACCUACAAUGGAAAAUCUUACUCAUCUUGCACAACAGAUGGAGAAUCCAGUGGGAAACUCUGGUGCUCUCUUACCAGUGACUACAAUGUAGGCCGCAAAUGGAUAUACUGCAAUCGCUACUUCUCAGCCUGCGUCUUCCCAUUUAUCUAUCAAAACAAGACAUACCCUACGUGCACAAAGGAUGGAUCUAAAAUAGACUGGCUGUGGUGUGCCACAACGAGUACCUAUGACAAAGACCAUAAGUGGAAACGUUGCUAUGAGAAAGAACAUGGUGGGAAUACUGACGGACAACCCUGUGCAUUUCCCUUUGUUUACAAGGCACGGAAAUUCUAUACCUGCACAGAUGAGCAUGUGAAACCCAGGAUGUUCUGGUGUGCUACAACAAGCAACUAUGACAAAGACAAAAAGUGGAGCUAUUGUGCUGAUACUAAACCUCAUUGGCUCACAGCUUCAAACAGGAUGGAAGUUGUAGAUGAAGAAAAAUCUAACAAUCAUCCAGAAAAAAGGCCUAAAUAAGGACAAACACCAUGUAACAUCUUGUGUCAUGCUCCCGAAGCCCCUUCCUAAUAUACUUUUGGAAUAUUUAUUUUUGCAAUUUUGUUUUGGGUUUUUCCCCUCAUUGUUUCACAGAUUGUAACUCAAUAAAGAAAAGGAGCCAUCAUAAGUAUCGUUGCCUUUGGCUGCAGGUUUAAAAAUGCAGUUAAAAUAAUUUCUUUUACAUUGAAAGGAAUUUACUUCCAUGUGAGCAUGCUUAGAAUUAAAGUGGGUCCUUAGCAUCCACUGGUCUUUGUUUCCAGGACCCCUUGUACAUAUACACUGAUGUAGUAAAAUGGUUAACUUUAUAUAAAAUGGGAAAAUUAACAUUUUGGAAUUAAAAAAGAAUAUUUCCAAACCAUGGAUAGUUGAAUCUUACUGUACAGCCAUAACUGGAUUAUGUACUGGGUUAUGUAAUAUAGUUUGAUGUGAUCUCCCUUCACUUCCUGGUCUCAGCAUUCACAACAAAAGGGCUCAAACCACUCAAGAAAAUAGCCAUUUUGGAAAGAAGCGAUCACUUUACAAUCCUGAGCAGCUUGGAUUUGAGAAUUCAAUGAUGUAACCUCAAGAACCUCACCAAACCCAGGAAAUAAAAAAGUCAAAAUAAAAACAAACAAACAAACAAACAAAAAAGGACCAGCUAAAUGGUCUAAGAUAUUCUCUCUAUGCUUAUUGGUUCCAAUCGUACUGGCAGCUGACAGCAUCCAUGUAAAUGGUGUGGUGAAUAUGGCCCAGUUAUUUUUGGUCUUUCAAGGACCUAUCCAAUGUGUUGAACUCUGUCUGUCCAAUAGGUUCAGCAGGUUGAAGAACUAUUUUAAAGUUCAGACUAAAACCUGGACCAGAAUCACAACCUCAUUGCCAUGGAAGCCACUGGCUGCCAUUGGUGAAUGGGGUGGUGCUGGUGAUUGCUAUUUGUUUUGGAGAGGAAGUUCAAUGUGUAUGUGGGUAAGGAUUAAAUCUAUCCAUUCUGGUAGAGUUGCAAAGCAAGAAAGGUGUUCCAUGGACCACAUGUUACCCAGUCCUGAUAUAGGGACAAUAGAAAGAAGUUUCAAGCCACAUGGAUCAUGCUUAAUUCCCUCUGAAUAGUUAAGAAUGUCAAAGGAAGUUUUGCUCAGACAUAAAUUGCAUAUAUGUAUAGAUGCACGCAUAUGCCCAUAUACACACAUACACAGUCUUCUGAAUCUAUUGCCUAGUUCCAAUUAGAAUAGACCCAUUGAAUUAAUGAAUGAAUGGUGAGUCAAAAUUUAUGUAAAUCCAAAUGAGUCUAUGGGUUUACUCUAGUUGGAACUAUCAAUAGGUUUAGGCCAAAAUAUUGACACAAAGAACUUCUUAAUGAUUAUUGUGUUCUUCAAUCAACUCUUUCAAAACACCAGUGCUUGUAGCACACAGAAAAUGCUUUCCUCUUUAAUUUGGAAUGUUCCUGAGGAUGACAUUAUUCUUGUCUAUCCAGCUAAAGAAAAAUAGUUGAAUGUGUCUCUGCUCUCUCCAAUUUCUGCUCUCCAUUGAAACAGAAUUGAUCAUCUUGAGUGUGGAGCUGCUACACUGAAAAUGAGGUCAUUGCAGAGCCAAAAGAGAAUUUGAUUUGCAGUGAUCCAAAAAGGGGGUCACCAAGUUGGACAUAUACCAUCAAAACUCACUUUUGGCAGGGCUUCCUCUUUCUCACCUCCAUCCUUUAAUUUCUGUCCAGCAUUCAGCUGUGCACAUUAUCAUGUUUGCUCACUGCUUCGAUCACAUUUCUCCUUUAUUGUCAUCCCUCCAUUGCCCCCCCCCCCCCUUUCCAUAUACAGGCUGUCCCAGCCUAGGGUUUUCACUGUCCCAUCCUGGAUCUGUCCCUUUUUACUUGCUGCCCCUCACUCCUGUAAUCUCAUUCCCACAUGAACAUGGGUCAUUACAUUUUUAACCAGCUUCAAAACUAAGUUAAAGACAAUAUUGUCAAGGGAAGCGUUCCAAGACAUUACAUGAUUAUCUAAUGUUAUUUUAAUUUGGUGUCUGCUACAUUUUAUUGUUUGAAUGU